AUGGCUUAUGCUUAUCCUUCUCUGGAAGGAACUGGGUCAAGUACUUCUUUAGGACGUGAGGUUGGGAGGAGGAGUUCAGAAGGAGGAGAUGUCUUGAGAGAGUUCAAGAACAAAAUCCAAGAAGACGAAAAUUACAUCAGUUUCUUUGCGGACAGGAUCAGAGUGGAAGAACAAUACAUUGAGAGCUUGACAAGAUUGUAUGAUAGAACUGUGGCUGUUGAUUCUUUACAGGAUGACACGCCCCGGAAAGGUACCCGAAGGACAGCUCGUAAGGCGUGGACAGAAGUGAGAGAUUAUACACUUCGGGAGAUCCAAAGUAGAGAAGCCAUGACGGUUGCUCUCAAGGAGGAUGUGGUCAAGGCACUUGUCAGACUAAAGGCGAAACAAACACGUAUUCGUCUCAACCUUAAGGAUACCAUGCGAGCCGCUACCGACAUGUACGAAGAACAUGCGCGAAAUCAUCUUCCCAAGCUUAAACGGUCCUACUUUCAAAAAUGUCAGGCUUUGGAGGAUCACAAACGACAAGAACACGCCAUAGCCAUGCAAGCUAAACUUCUCGCGACAAAUUCUCCACCUGUCAAUGCGACUCCUCCAACACCUCAACCGGAACCGCCAUACUCUGCCUUUUAUCAUGGCUCCCAAGCGGGAUUUUCACCUCCCGUAACCAAUCCUCCUCUACCACCUAUGUCAAACCCUGCUCUCGAGUCACCCAGUCACGAGAAACCGAACGUCACUUUCUCCCCUACGACGAAAGAAAAGAGCGGAGGUCGAUUACGGGCCGGAUCGGCCUCAGGAGGUGAUGGAAAGACCAAGGAUGUAUUGAAUGACCUGGCCACACAGAGCAAGAAGGGAUUCAAUGCUAUCAUCCAACGUUUGGGAGGGGACAAGGAUAAGGAUCGAGAAGAGGCCGGUUUCGUUUUGGUCGGUGAUGAGGGUUUACAAAGAAGGGGCACAGGGAGGGAUGGCUCAGGCAAGCUCAGCGGCGCAAUGAGAGGAGCCAAGCUCAAACGCGACGCAGAGGAGGCAGAUAAAGCCUACAGACUGGGUAUUUUCCAUCUCGAGUCACUCAGGAUCAGAAGAGACAAGCUCCAAGCGUCCGCAGUAACUAGCUUGGAGACUUUCAACGACGAGAUGAACGUCAAGCUCAAAUUUGCCAUGGAGAGCUAUGUUGAUACGAUGCACGGCACCGCUGCUACCAACGCCCAGUCUACCGAAGUGGCAAGAGAAGCCGUGAGACAAAUCAAUCUUGAUUUAGAUAUGACGCUCUUCAGAACCAGAUUACGGACGGUCAGCACUUUGCAUACUGCUCCGGUGAUGUAUGAAAACUACUACGUCGGUCCAUGCAAAUCUCUUAUAUUCGGUGUCAGCUUGACAGACUACGAUUUCGGUCGUGGUGAAGGUAGCGAUCGCGGUCGACCCCCAGCCAUCGUCGAAAAAUGCAUUGCGGCGAUUGACGAGAAAGGCGAGCAAAUUCUCAUCUACACGGUCAACUGCUCAUGCUCAGGACUUGGUGUCGAAGGAAUCUAUCGUGUCAGCGGCCGUCAUCCUGCCAUACAAAAGAUGAUCCAAGAGAUUGAAAUGGACGAAGAGAAAUUCCAGAUUGCCCCUGAGAACGAGGAUGUCCAUACCAUUGCCGGUGUGCUCAAACAAUACCUGCGAGAUCUGCCAGACCCCGUAUUCCCUCUUCCGCAGGCGGAGCGUGUCAAAUACUCUAUCGAGAGAGACAUUCUCAUAAGCACCAACUUUGCAGCUCUCAGAGCUAAACUUCGACGUCUGACACCCAUUCACCAGACCACAUUCCAAGCUAUUAUUGAACACCUCUCCAGGAUUCAAUCUCAGGCAGCAGUUAACCGAAUGGAUUCAAAGAAUCUGGCAGUCGUGUUCAACUCGGUGCUCUUCGGUCAUGAUCAGCUGUUGAACGAGGGUGACGUUCUCGCUAUGGCACAAGCGAAGGAUACUGUACUAGAGGACCUCAUAACGUUCUCAGACAUGCUAUUCGGUGGCGAUCCCGUCCUGCCAUCCGGCCCCCAGACGACCUCGGAUCAAGGCACACGACAUGCUCUUGAAGACGAUGGACGGCCAGGUAGUGCACGUACGAAGGUACAGAUCAUCAGCUCUCAGUCAUCUCCUGAACGUCGGAGAACAGAGCUUGCGCCUGUUAUCAGUCCAGAGAGGAUCGCAGGACUACCGAUGGCUUCUGAGAUUCCGGUAGCUGCAGAGAACUCAAUAUUGGGAAGUGUAUUCACACCGGAUGAGGAAUUGGAUUUGUUGUUUGACCCGGGAUUGAUACCGCAAAGCAUGCGAGAUGGGUUGAGUGCUGAGUACCAUAUCCGUCCUCUAGCUUCCACCGACCUCAUGAGAUCUCAUUUCCACCUCUUAGCUACUCUCACAUCCUCCCCGCCUAUCGCUCCAUCGGUUUACGCGGCACUGUUCAAUCACAUGAAAUCUUGUCCUUCCACCUACUACAUCGUAGUAUUCAUCGAACGGUCCACCGAUCAGCUGGUGGCUUCUGGCACUCUCUUGACAGAGCGUAAACAUGUCCGUGGAGGUGGAGUAGCGGGUCAUAUAGAAGAUAUAGUGGUUUCACCUUCGACUCAAGGUCAGGGAUUAGGAAUAAAGAUGGUGAAUGGAUUGAAAGAUCUCGCCGCGGGGUUGGGAUGUUAUAAGGUUGUUUUGGAUUGUGUAGAGGCGAAAACUCCGUUCUACGAGAAAUGUGGUUUCUUCCGAAAAGGUAUUCAAAUGGCAAGUUCCCCCCACCUUACCGGACCAUCGUCAAUCAUGCUAAGCAACAGGCACAUUACUCUGCCGAAAGUCAUUCUUCUUCUACUGCCCCAACAGUACCUCCUCCGGGACAUCCACACGCAUUCAACACAAUGGCAUCUACCAAAAACCCCGGUCUACCACCUCGACCUCCACAAGCAACAGCUCUGA